AUGAUAAUUGGAGCAAUUAAAGUAAAGGAUGGUCUAUUCAUUGGAGAUGAAUUAGCUUCAAAAGUAAAAUAUAUAACUUUUAUCUUAUAAGGAUCUUGAAUUUGUCAUCCAAAAUAAAGUGACUCGAAUUGUAAAUUGUGCAGCCAAGUAAUUAUCAUGUGUAUUCGAAAAUUAUGGUGUUUCCUAUCUAAAAUUUAAUUGGCUUGAGAAUGAACAAGUACAUUGUAUAUAUCAUGAAUAAGUAAAUACUAUUUCCAAAUGAUACCGUUAAUGAAAUCUAUUAAUUUAUUGAAUAAGCACAUAAUAAUGGAGAAUCAGUUCUGGUUCAUUCGAUAAGAGGAUAAUCUCGUUCAUGUUGUGCAUUAGCUGCCUAUUUUAUGAGAAAAUAUAAAUGGAAAUUAUAUAAGACUUUAGAGUUUCUAAACUCUAGAAGACCAGAUCUUGAAAUAAGAGCUAGUUUUUAUCAUCAACUAACUUAAUUGGAGUCUAAAUUAAAUAAAAAGGGAGAAGGAGGAUUGUCAAGUUCAUGGCAGCCUCAUGAAGAAUAAGAAUUACCAUUAGAAGAAGAUGAAAAACUUCUUAGAAAUACUUUUAUAAAUGCAAAAUCUAGUCCAGCUGAUCCUUGUUGGUUAGAUAGAAGAUUAUUUAAUUAAUAUUUAAAUGAGAAUAAAGUCAGAGCAAUAAGUUGGGCAGAUGAAACUUUAGUUAAAAAAUCACAAAAAAAAAUAAAAUAAACAAAUCCUAAGAAUGCUGUAAAAUUAAAUAGUCAAAAUAAUAUCAAUGGAAAUAUCUAUCAUGUUACAGUUAAUAAUUAUGUAACUCUAAAAGAGGAAUUAGAAAAAUGUAAUUCAAUACUGAAUUCUAGAGAAAAUAAUUCACUUCUCAAACCUAAUAGUGGCACAAUCAAACGAUAAUAGAAUGAUAGUCUUAAAAAACAUUAGGAAUAGAAACUUAAAUAAUCAGGAAAAUCUUUAUCUUUAAAAUAAUAAAAAAAAGAUCCUACUGACAGACCUAGAUCUGCCUAUGCGUAAUAUGAUAUAUUAUUUUAGAUAGCCUGAAAUUUAACCUCCUAUAACAAUUCCAAAACCAACACCCUUUCCUUAUCGUCAAUUUUCCCCUAUUGUAAAAGGUAAAUUUAUUUUUAGUUUUAAUUAUAGGGAAUAAUAUUCCUAAAGCUACCUAAUUGAUACCAACAAAUAAGAAUAAAGGGUGGAGAUAUCCAUCUCCUGGACAAAUGAAAAAUGAUGAAGCUUUAAUACAAAAUAUAAUCAAUAGUAAACCUGUAUGGAAAUGA